AUAAUUUAACAUAUUUGGGAGAGAAGAAAAGAAUACUCUAGAGCCUUAGACAGCAAAUAAAAACAGAAUAAAUAAAAAAAUAAAUAAAAAAUAUUGACGCAGCACAAGGGUAUGCAUUCGUUGGUGUAUGCUAUAAAUAUCCGUUUCUGUAUUGUUUUGAGCCGCACCGCACCUUCUCAUCUCAAACACACACAAACACACUUUCGCUGCGCCUCCUAUCGCCUCCACUAUCUCUUCUCAAUCUCUUCUGCAGAUUCUGGUUGUUGUUCAGGAUUCCUGCUAGUUCUGCGGUAGCAGAUUCCGAGGUGAAGGUGCACGUUGAAGUUUCUUUCAUGUUUGAACAGGAAACCAUCCAUUUGGGAGCAAUUGAGUUGCUUAAAGAGUGUUUUUGGUCUUCUAAGAAAAAGAACAAGCCGAUACCUAGAAAACUCAGCUGUAUGCAUCGUGCCCCAUACCAGGAACAUACUGAGCUCUGUUGUUUCUAUUUGCAGCCUCCCGCAAUCUCUGAAGGAGAGUCUUUGUGAUCUUUAACAGCAGAUCAACGUUACUAACUGUGAUAUUCUAUUCUGUUUCUCUGCGACCUCCUGCAUUUAAUUCAUCAUGGCCUUACAGAACAUUGGUGCUGGCAACAGCGAUGAUGCCUUCUACAGGUAUAAGAUGCCUAGAAUGAUUACCAAAAUUGAGGGCAGAGGCAAUGGCAUCAAAACAAAUAUUGUCAAUAUGGUUGAUAUUGCAAAAGCUUUAGCAAGGCCAGCUGCUUACACAACAAAGUAUUUUGGUUGUGAACUUGGAGCACAGUCAAAAUUUGAUGAGAAAACUGGGACUUCUCAUGUCAACGGAGCACACGACACUGCAAAACUUGCUGGUCUUCUUGAGAACUUCAUUAAGAAAUAUGUCCAGUGUUAUGGUUGUGGAAAUCCUGAAACUGAGAUCAUAAUUACCAAGAAUCAAAUGAUCCAGAUGAAAUGUGCUGCUUGUGGUUUUGUGUCUGACGUGGAUAUGAGAGACAAGCUUACUACUUUCAUCAUUAAGAACCCACCAGAAACAAAGAAAGGUUCCAAAGACAAGAAGGCCAUGAGGAGAGCUGAGAAGGAGAGACUGAAGGCAGGCGAAGCAGCUGAUGAGGAGCUGAAAAAACUGAAGAAAGAGGUCGUCAAGAAGAAAGUAACUUCUAAGGAAGGCACCACAAAAUCAAGCUCUUCAAGGAAGAAAGAAAAUGGCUCCGAUGAAGAUCAUUCUUCUCCUACUCGAAGUCCAACUGAUGAGAAGGACGAUGCUGAAGAUGAAGAUGAUGUUGAAUGGCAAACAGACACAUCACUGGAGGCUGCUCGUCAACGAAUCCAAGAACAGUUAAGUGCUGUGACGGCUGAUAUGGUCAUGCUCUCCACAACUGAACCUGAACCAGAGAAGGAGAAAGCAGCCACUAAGGUAAGUGAUAAUCCUGGUAAUGGUAACUCCAUGAACUACAAGACUCUGGUUGGUGAACUCAAAGCUGAUUUGAAGAAUGGUGCUUCGGCCAAGGAAUUGGUGACCCAUUGGGCUUCACUUCCUGUCUCUCCACAAGAAAAGAUGAGUGCUCUGUACGAAGCCCUAUUUGGGGACAUUGAGAAAGGGUUUGCAAAAGAAGCCAUCAAGAAGAAGAACUACCUUGCUGCUGCAGUUGCUGAGGAAGAGGCUAUGCCGCUGCUGUUGCUGCGUGCAAUUGAGGAAUUUUCUUUGAAAUCCACUUCCUCUGCACUCAAGGAGGUUGCCCUGGUUCUGAAGGCACUUUACGAUGCUGAUGCGUUGGAGGAAGAGCACAUAUUGCAGUGGUAUCAAGAAGGGCUGAAAAGCGAUAACAAGAACUCUCAGAUUUGGAAGAACGUUAAACCCUUCAUUGAGUGGCUUCAGAGUGCAGAAUCAGAGUCCGAGGAAGAGUAAUGUGCUGUGCUGUCCGGGAUUGUUUGCGUUUGUUGCUUUGGUCGUGUCUUUUAUUUUGAAUAAAAAGGGUCUUGUUUUCCCUUGUGUCGUUGUGUUCUGUUUUAAAACUUUAAAUUGUGGUGUUUGCCUUUGUUUCUGACUCGUUAAGUUAUUGUUCUGAUGAGACUCUUCCAUAGUGUCCUCUUUUGAUUUUUAAACAUGGAAUUGUGAUGUGUGUUUGUGUUUUUAUUGAA